AUGACCGAACGACGCCCCUCAGGGUUGGAAAGGAGUCCGACUGCGCCGUCCGUUCUCUCAAAUGGCCACUUUGCUUCUGUUGGAGCUGAGGGCGAUGCCGCAUUAUACGAGCAUGGCGUGCAGGUGAUUGAUGGGGAUAAGGAGUUCAAUCCCAACUUAUCCAAGUAUCUGUCCCUUGAGAAUGUCACGCCGGCUGGAUUCAACUACCAUCUCAUCUCCGUGUUCGGUUCGCAAUCCACCGGAAAGUCUACGCUGCUCAACAACCUCUUCGGCACUGAUUUCACAGUAAUGUCGGAUCAAGAGAGAAGACAGACAACCAAGGGUAUCUGGUUGUCCAAGAACAAGAAGCAGGGCGAGGUUGGCGCACCGGAGCGCAUGGCGGAUAACAUCCUGGUCAUGGACGUGGAGGGUACCGACGGCCGUGAGAGAGGUGAGGAUCAGGACUUCGAACGCAAAAGUGCACUAUUUGCCCUUGCGACGAGUGAGGUCCUCAUCGUGAACAUCUGGGAACACCAGGUGGGCCUGUACCAGGGAGCCAACAUGGGGUUGCUGAAAACCGUCUUCGAAGUCAACCUGCAACUCUUCCUGAAGGAUAAGCAUACCUCCCACCGCUCUCUGCUCUUCUUCGUCGUCCGUGAUUUCGUUGGCACAACACCACUUAAGAACCUGCAGAAGACAUUACUGGAAGACCUGGGACGUCUUUGGGAUACGAUAUCGAAGCCUGCUGGGUUUGAAAAGGCGUCGAUCCAUGACUAUUUCGAUUUCCAAUUCUACGGACUUCCACACAAGAGCUACCAACCCGUCCAGUUUGUGGAGGAGGUGCAGAAACUUGGCACGCGCUUCCGCGAUGGACACCGUGAUCUCAAGAGGGAUGCGCUCAAGGGCGAGUUCUCAGAGGGGGGUGUUUUCCUGCCCGAGUAUCACCGCCGCAUUCCAGCUGACGGCUUCUCUCAUUACGCGGAGAGCAUUUGGGACCAGAUUGUCAACAAUAAAGAUUUGGACUUACCUACACAGCAGGAGUUGCUCGCUCAGUUCCGUUGUGACGAGAUUCUGCGCGAGGUGAUGGUUGGCUUUGACGAGGUUAUCAUUGCAUUCGAAGACAAGCAAGCCGAGGCAGUACGUCUUGGUGCGCCUGAAGUUCUUGGAGGGCUCGGUGUUGCUAUGCGCGGUGCCCGCUCCAAGUGUCUGAAGAGCUUCGAGACGGACGCCAGCAGGUACCACAAGGGUGUUUACCAGCGGAAGACCGCCGAGCUCCAGGGCAAGGUUGAUACCCGCCUGAAGGCUCUUUUCUUGGGUCAGCUCUCUGCUGCUCACAAGUCUGGAAUUCGCGAUUUCAGUGACUCUGUCUCGGCCCUUGUGAAGGAUGGUCAAAAGAAGGGUGGUAGCUACGAUUUCGCUGAAAUCGUGACAGCACAAGCCCAGGCUGCCACGGAGAAGUUCGAGCAGGUCGCACGCUCAACAGUGGUCGAUGGAGCUUCUUGGAGUAAUUAUAAGCAAGAGCUAUCCUUGUACCAAAAAGAAUUGGCCGAGGUCAGCGCGCGACUGCGCCGCGAUGAAAUGAGACGUUUGGCUACUCGCGUUGAGCGAUGGGUGCAAUCUCGCUUGGGUGAAUCAGUUGGCAUUGAAUUCAAUGCGCUAGGCUCUGGAAGAGCUGGCGCUGGUGCCCCCGAGAACGGAGAUAAGCCUACAGAGAAAGACUUCUGGGACCGCAUUUGGAAUUUGUUUGAGGAUACUGUUCUCGACGCUGAACGGAGGUUCACAGACCGGGCGAGCAGCUUUGAUGCCAGUCUUGACGAGGUUGAUGUCGGACUAUGGCGUUUGCGCCGCAAGUCAUGGGGCGUCCUCCGUGCCAAGAUCGACGAGGAAAUGACCGAGGGCAAUCUUCUUCUUAAGUUGCGGGAGAACUUCGAGGACAAGUUCCGCUACGACGAGGAUGGCGUGCCACGAAUCUGGCGCCCAACCGAUGAUAUUGAGGGAAUCUACACCCGUGCCCGUGAAUCCACGUUGACAGUGAUUCCUCUGCUUUCCCGGUUCCGCCUCGACAAGACCACUGCACCUCCCCCGCUGGAUCGCUGGGUUGGACACACUCCUAGCACUGCGACAUCCGCAGACGAAGAAGAUCUGGCCCCCAUUGGCGGUGUGGAUGAAGACGAAGGCAAGAGCCUUGAAGAGGAGAUGACUAUCCUCAGUGAUUCCAAGCGCCAAGAACUCACCGUGCGAUUCAAGAAGGCCGCCGAUGGUGUCUACGUCGAGGCCAAGCGGAGUGCCAUUGGCGGUAUAACUCAGGUGCCUUUGUAUUUCUAUGGUCUCCUGCUGGCCCUAGGCUGGAAUGAGAUCUGGGCUGUCCUUCGCAACCCAGCUUACUUCUUCCUCCUAUUUGUUCUCGCCAUCGGAGCCUAUAUCACUUACACUCUAAACCUGUGGGGCCCGAUGUUGAAGAUGACCGAGGCCGCGUCCGGCCAGGCCUUGGUUGAAGGCAAGCGUCGCUUGCGCGAAUUCCUCGAAUCUUCCGAUACCGGCCGCCAGGCGAUUGCCAUGUCUGCCGGCGAAGGAGGUUCUCGUCGCAAGGAAGAGUACGAGAUGUCGGAUAUGCAGAAGAGUGGCUCCAAGGCCAAGGAUGACCUGGAUGACAUGUAA